UUAGUGUGAGGGAGUGGGGUAAGGCAGGAUGGCGGCUGGGCCGACGCGGCCUCCCCGGCCUCGUAAGGAGCCGCAGCCGCUGGUUAUUCCCCGGAGCGCGGCGGAAGAGCAACGUCUCAGACUGGAGAGGCUAAUGAGGAACCCGGAUAAGACUGUUCCAAUCCCUGAAAAACUCAAUGAAUGGGCACCACGCCCACCUCCAGAAUUUGUCAGAGAUGUCAUGGGUUCUAGUGCUGGAGCUGGCAGCGGGGAAUUCCACGUGUACCGGCAUCUUCGCCGGAGAGAGUAUCAGAGGCAAGAUUUUAUGGAUGCCAUGGCUGAGAAGCAAAAACUGGAUGAGGAGUACCAGAAGAAGCUUGAAAAGAACAAAAUGGUCGCAGAGGAACAGACAGCCAAACGUAGAAGAAAACGCCAAAAAUUGAAAGAAAAGAAAUUGCUGGCAAAGAAGAGUAAACUUGAACAAAAGAAAGAGCAAGAAGCUUCUGAUUCUGACAGUUCUCAGAAGCAGCAGACCAGCGAGGAGGAAGACGGAGAUGCUUCCGAGGAGGAGAAAGAGGAUGAUGCAGAAGACGCCAGUUUUGUGAUGGGGAGAUGAUGGCACCAGCUCUGGUGGUUUUUCAGUUGAGGAGGCUGGAUGGAAUCUGAGCUCAGCAGAUUUCACAGUGCUGUUUUGCAUCUCUACCGGGGCAGAGGUGGGGCUAUAAGAAUCCCUUGGGGUGUUGCCCUUGGAGCCGAGUCAGAUGAAAGUUUCACCCAAACUUGCUUGUGUAACUGCUGUGCAGUCUGUUACAGGGUUCCUGGAGAAAGGUUGCUUGUGUGGCCUCUCUUCUUCCUGGCAUUUCUCCAAAGUGUUGUCUGUCUGAAAGCUAAUGCUUAAUCCAUCUCUGUGUCAGGCAAACCCUUUUCUCUCCCCCUUCCCAACAUACCUAAGUACACAAACAGUUUAACCGACAGAGCAUGGAAUAUUAAAUCUGAGGCGGAAGAAGAGUCUGGACUUCUACAUUACGGAAGAGCAAAAUGAUUUGGGAGUUUCCAUUAGGCUUUUCUUGAGCCUGUGUUGCGAGAUGUGGUUUGGCAAGAAGAUGAAAAGAUUGAUCUUUUCAUUUCAGAAAUGCACUGUAUACUUCGGUCCUGAAGAGUUUCUAUGAAUAAAAAAGGGAACCGUU